AACGUAGAGGUCGCGUUUUCAAAAUGUCUGCUUCCGUCACGUAAACAACAUCAGCGUGGUAAACAUUUAUACGAAAAAAGUUAAAAUUAAUCUUGUGAUAUUGAUCCAGAAAUCGAAUUACUAAUUUUGUUUUAGAAUCUAAUCUAAUGGAAUGGAAACCGUUAUUCACGUGAUCGUCUUAUUUUGGGUGAUUAGCCUGUACUUGUUCGGUUUAUGGAUAUUCAGUGACGGAUUUCUUCUCAAGAGAAACGAAUUAGAAUUAAAAAGUACAUUUAAUGACUCUUCGUUUAACGAAGCGACCAUCGCCAUCGGUUCUGAAAGUAAUAAGUUUCCGGUCAUAUUCAAUCGUUCUAUCAUCGUAAUAGUCGAUGCCUUGCGAUACGACUUCGUUCGAUGGUCUAAGGGCGAAAAUUAUUAUAAAAAUAAAUUUACGAUAUUAGACGAACUUCGGCACAAUGGUUCUGGCAUGUUGUUUAAGUUUCGGGCUCAUCCUCCUACUACAACUAUGCAGAGAUUGAAGGGAUUGACUACUGGAGGUCUUCCCACUUUUAUCGAUAUAAGUGCAAAUUUUGCAAGUUCGGAAAUUAACGAAGAUAACAUAAUACAUCAAUUGGUUAAUAAUGGUAAGAAAAUUGUCUUUAUGGGAGAUGAUACGUGGGAAAGUUUAUAUCCUGGAAAAUUCCUAAGAUCCUAUGCAUUUCCUUCUUUUAAUGUAAAGGAUCUGCACACAGUAGAUAAUGGAAUCAUUCAACAUCUCUUACCAGAAAUGGAGAAAACAGAUUGGAAUGUGAUAAUUUCACAUUUUCUUGGAGUGGAUCACUGUGGUCAUAGAUAUGGUCCAUCUCAUCCAGAAAUGUCCAAUAAGCUUUAUCAAAUGGAUACAGUUAUCAGAGAUGUUAUACAGAAUAUGAAAAAUGAUACAAUUCUAUUUGUAUUUGGUGAUCAUGGAAUGACAAGAACGGGUGAUCAUGGAGGUGACAGUGAAGACGAAAUUUAUUCGGCCCUGUUCAUUUAUAAUCCAGCAUUAAAUAAUAAAAAUAUUUUUAAUGAAGAAGAACCAGUAAUUAACCAGAUAGAUUUGGUUCCAACAUUUUCUCUUUUAUUAGGAAUGCCAAUUCCAUUUUCCAAUCUCGGGUCAAUUAUAGUUCCUUUGUUUGCUUCCUUAUCUCAUUACGGUAACUGGCACAAAAAAAAUUUAGACGAUCAUCUGAAACAGCUGAUGUUUGCAGUUUCGGCUCUUUCUGUUAAUAGCAGACAAGUGCAUCGUUACAUCUCUAUGUACAAUCAAGAAUUUAAUGAGAUUUCACCAGAAUUGUUGAGAAGUAAUCAGCUGAAUCUUCAAAGACUAGAAAAACUAAAAAUGGAAUUAAAAACAAAUAUUAUAAAUAAGAAUAACAGCCAAGUGCAAUUAUUGUUAGAAGAAUUAUAUCAGGAAUAUACAGAUUAUCUACUUAAUGUAAGAAGUAUUUGUGAGAAAAUGUGGGCAAAGUUCAAUAUCUCCUCCAUGAUUAGAGGAAUUUUCAUUCUUAUUUGUGCCAUUCUCACCAAUGCAUUUAUCAUUGUUGCAGCUAAUUCAAAAUUGUUAUUGUUUGUGUUUAAAAACAAUGUGAUAAUUUGUGCAAUCAUAACUCCCAUUACUGUUUUUACUAUAGUUGUGCAAAUGGCUUCAAUCAAAACUGCGGUUCAGAUGGGUGCUUUCGGAUAUGCAUUAGGUUCCGUUUUAAUUACGUUGCCAUGCCUGUUUAAAACCAGAGAGUGGAAAAAUGGAUGGAAAUCCUUAACUUAUGCAGAUAAAUUCUCCACAUUUAUAACACUGCUUUCUUUUUUAAUUUCAUUUUCAAACAGCUUUGUCAUAAAUGAGAACAUGAUAAUAAUUUACUUUCUGUUAACUAUGUUAAUAAUUGGUUGUUUGCCUGACACAAUCAAUCAGUGCAGAAACAAUCUCAGAACUAACAAAUUGUUGGAUAUUGUAUGGUAUCCCGUACUCUUGUGUAUGUUAUUGAUAAAUGUCAGGAUAGGAGGAGCAUUUUUUAAAUGUCGAGAAGAACAGUUGCCAUGUAAUUCGUCCUCUUUUCUGGUUCCUUUGUCCAGUUUUCCUCCGGAAUGGCAGGAUUAUCGCACUCUGCGGCUGUUGAUUUCCUGUAUUUCUGUUGUCGGAGUCACGAUUGGCUUGUGGUGCUGGUUCUAUUACAAGAAUCGUUUAACUUGCCACAGUCCAGCUUCUCUCUGUGCCCAGUACAGUCUGCCAAUAGCAACACUGUGUAUCUGCUUUUAUUGGACAUUGGGCUUAGUUUCACAGCAAGUGAUAGAUCAAUUAGUUCAACAACGACAGGGACUGUUGCCUCAAACAUCAAUUGUGCUCUGUUGCAUAACCAUAUUUGCAUUAUUUGUCUCUCCGCUGUUAGUUGGCGAAGAGCACUCUCUGUCGGGUGUGGGGACUUUAUUUGUUGAAUGUACGUACAGUUUAGGUCUCUUGUUAUUUUCUCUGUUGCCUAUGAUGUUUUUGAUAGCAGGUGAUGGUUUGGCACCAUCCAUUGUACUUAUUGUGUCGAGCAUAAUUUUAUAUUUAUAUUUAUUAUCAAGUUUUCAAAAUAAAGAAGAUCAAAUUAGAUUUCCAUGGCAUACAAUAGUCACUUGGAAUUUAUUUGUAUCUAAUGGAUUUUUUAUCACUGGACACCAAUAUUCCUUUACCUCUAUUCAUUGGCAGGCAGCAUUUGUUGCUACUUCUUCUGAACUGACAAGCUACAUUGUAGCUGGAUUUUCUGUCAUCUCAAAUACAUUUUCUUCACAUUUUCUUCUAGGAAUUGCUCUUCCUAUGCUUCUCACCUGUCCACAGGCUUACAGAACAUUUGGCCAGCAUAAAAAGCUAAAGAUUAAUCUUCAGUCAUUCCGUUUAUCUCUACUGCAGUUGUUUUUGAAAUACAUACUGUUUAAUGGAAUCAAGGUUAGAAAAUUUCUUUUAUGUUUCCUAAUUUAGAAAUUUUACAAGUGAUUGAGAAUUAAGUUAUAAAAAGUUUUACAUAAAUAUAGAAAUUAAGGAAAAAUCAACUGAACUUCUAUUUAUAUUGGAUGAACAAAUGUAAA